AUUGGAUUAAUAUAUAUUGAAUAUUAAUGAAUAAUAAAUAACCAAGCAGUUCUUCUUAUGUGAAGAUUAAAUAAAAUAUGAAAAUUCAAAGAAAUAAAAGAAAAAUGAGGAUGGAAUGAAAAAAGUUUGUGGAGAUUUUAUGAAGCACGUACUCUAAGCGAGAAUUGAUUAUAUCUCUCAAUGCUGUACAUAUUUUCGAAUGAUGGAAUUUUUUUAAAAUGUCUUUUUCUUGGUUUCAAUGUGAAUAGUAAAAAAAAUGUCUUAUGCCUGACAUAAGUUGAAACAGUGAAAAACAAUAAAGUGCAAAAAUGAAAAGGCUGCAAAUCUAAAUUCACUUACAUUAAACUUAGAAAUAGUUGUGAAAGAACUCAAUAAAUAAAAAUAAAAAAGCAGCUGUAAAUAUUGGAAAUAGAUAAGACAAGAAAAAUAAUGAAGAAUUCAUUGAUUACAAUGUUCAUAGCUUUAUUUCUUCUACCACAAACCAGCAGUAUAAAAAAAUGUCCCAUUGAAUGUACAUGUGAUUUAGAUAUUACUGGAAGAUAUUCAGCGAUUUGCGAGCGAGGGAACAUGAAGAUAAUUCCAAUAAAGGACUUUGAUGAAGAAAUAAAUGUUAUUAUUAUCAGAAAACCAAAGCAUACGCUCACAAUAGGUCCAAUAUUUCAGUCUUUAAAACAAUUAGAAAUUUUACGUAUCAUUGAAUCUAAUGUGCCUACUGUCGGCAUGCAUUCAUUUUGGGGCGUUCCAUCUCUUCGUUUAUUGGAUUUAUCCCGAAAUAACAUUUCAACUGUAAGCGAAGAUAAUUUUAAAGGACAACAAAAUCUUUUGGAAUUAAAUUUGUCGAAAAAUAAGCUAGAUCAAAUACCUAGUGGCACAUUUAAAUACUUGACUGAUUUACAUACUUUGAAUUUAGCCGAUAACUCGUUAUCAGACCUAGAAACAAAAGUGUUCCAGAUGCUCACAAAACUUAAAAUUCUCGACCUUAGCAGAAAUCCGUUAGAAGAUUUGCAACCUGACAUUUUCAAAGAUAUUAUUGAUCUUAAAGUGUUAAAAUGUCGUGGAUGUCGAUUGCAGAAUAUUAACCCACAAGUAUAUAAUUUACUAAACCAGUUGACUGAUUUGGAUUUGGGUAACAAUCAGUUUAAAUAUUUGGACAAGGAUGAAUUUAAGGACCUUAAACAUUUACGUCGUCUUCAUCUCGACAACAAUCAGUUGUCUGUUGUGGUAGAUUUUAUAUUUCAGAGACAAAGAAAUCUUCUGUAUUUAGACUUAUCACGUAACCGUUUGGCCAAGAUAUCCGGUAGAGCGUUUAACAAUUUAUUCAACUUAACUUAUCUCGACAUUUCAUAUAACAAACUAUCAGCUCUUGAACUGGAUUACAUGUGUCAUUUGCCAAAGUUGCAAACUCUCAAUAUCAGCGGAAAUGUGCAACUUAAUUUAUUGGAUAUUCGACCAGUAUUUCAGAACAUGACAGAGUUACGUUCACUAUCGAUAGCUGACAUCGCAAGCAUGCCAUUGGGAAUCUUUGUACCGUUGAGUAAUCUCUUAAUGCUCAAUAUUUCCGGCACGCAUCUCAACAACGAAACGAUACAGAUCCUUAAUCCGUUAGCAAAGUUAAAGGAAUUGGAUUUAUCAAGAAAUCAACUUACUGGAUUUGAGGAAGAUUUUGCAAUCAAACUGUUAAAUAUUGAUGAUGUGAAAUUCGAGCAGAAUCCAUUUGUUUGCGAUGUAUGUCACGUUGGUGCUAUCUUCAAUCGUAUUCAUAUGAUGAAAUGGCAAAGCAGCCCAGAAUGCUUUCUUCCAGAAGUGUUUCGAGGCAAACCGAUAAAUCGUCUUACACAAGAUAAAUUGGAAUUCUGUUACGAAACCUUUGUAGAUGAAGGACAUGAUGCUGCUAGUACUUCUGGCCAUUACAGCAUUCUUGAUGAAGGACGUAUAAGCAUCAUUGCAUUUAUGGCACUUGCCAUUUUCAUUCUUGUCCUCCUCAUUAUGAUUGUUACAAUAGCUCUUUGUAUAAGACAGCGAAGUAAUUAUAACGCCGCACAGCAGCAAACAGAGGAUGGGAAGGAAGCAAUAAGGAAUAACGAGAAGAGUAUUGAGGAGUCGCUGAUAGCAAAUAAUGAAAUUAGCUAUAAAAUUGCCCUUCAAGAUCGUGUCAACGUUUUCCUUAAAGAUUCUCCUAGUUGACAUCAAUCGAGCUCUACAGAGCUUCUUAAACCAUAGAAUAAGUAAAUAUUUUAACACAUUAAUUAAAUUUGUUUAUACUAAAAUGAAUGCAUUGUGAAGAUACACAUCAAAAUUUCUAAUAUUUAGUCAAUAAGAUAUUUUACAAUAAAAAAUAAUUAUUACGAUUUAUUUUGAGAACUAUAUAAUUGAAACUUUAGUAGGCGUUACUUUUAAUAGAUACUUAGCCUUCUGCUGAUAAUGUAAUCAGAUUAAAUCAAGCAAAGUCAAAAACCUAGUCAUAAAAUUAAUCGAAGCACUACUUGAAUGGCAUUUUGCAAAUGAGACAAUAAAACCUGUCAAAAAGUCAAAUAUUUUUUUAAUGCUUACCAAAUUCCUUCAGCCAUUAAUAAAAUUGAAUAAUUUUUUAACGCGUUUUGAUUUUUUCAGUGAAUUUUGACAAACAAUAAUAAUUGUCAAAAUGAUUAAUAACCAAUUAAUAAAUCAUGAAUUGUGAUGUGCCAUUCUGAUAAAGUUUUAUUCCCGGUGGUUCAUAAAGUUUUAUUUUUUUAAAAAAAAUGCAUAUACAACUAUUUAAAAAUAAUAAGAUCAAAUUCGAACAUAUUUUAAGAUCAAAGCUAAUAAUCUUAGAGAAAAGGAUGAAUUUAUGUAUUUGUUUGUUGAGCAAAAAGUGCAUCGUAUUGUUGACCCAAAUGCAUAAAUUGUCAA